UGUGUGUGUCAGUCAGGUGGACUGGCAGGUAGAACACAAAGAGAGGUGAAAAGCCCAUAAUUGGCUCUCUGUCGGUCUGUGGUGUAAUCCUCAAGGUUAGUGAGCAUGACCAGGGCAAACGGGAGAGGCGAGUCCGCCACCCAGAGUGCAGCUGUCCUCCUGCACUGCAGUUCAACUGUCGCCAGCGUACACACCUUUUUAUACUUGUGGUUUGGCUUUGAGCUUUUCAAACGCGAGUGGUUCGGGUGCCUUCUCAGCGGCCCCACUGUUCUUUCAAACAGACAAAUCAGAUAAUUCUCGUUCACAAAGGGGGAGGUACCGUCCCUCGGACCAGAGUAGGUGCGGCUCCCUCCAGUGAUAAGGUACUUUCCUUGCUCCUCCCCCCGUUCUAUCAGUAGACCUCGCUCUGGCUGUGGAGACGGACCACAUGCCCUACUUGAGCCAAUUACACGGUCGCACACAAACAAACCAGAAGCAGUGCGACGUCAACAGUGCUGCAACGCGGCCCGAAUCCUAACGCUGGAGUCCCAGAGUGGAGUGUGUGUUCUUAAACGCCCGCACGUUCCAGCUACUCUACGGCGGCCCUAGAGUUUGAGCAGCAGCACCAGCUCGCUCCCGUGUUCGACUCUCCCAGGAUGUCGCGCCGGAGCCUGCGCCUGCAGACCGGUGGUGCCGGACUCUAUGGCAACGACAGCCAUGCCGACGGCCCCCAGAACCACGUCAGCUACACCACCAACACCACCACAAGCAGCAGCAGCAGGAAGGAGACUCGGACGCCUCGCAACAGGAAGCAGCAGCAGGCCGUCUCCCAGACCCUGUCCCUGAGCCAGAUGGAUACGCCCCGACAGACGCUGUCCUUCUCCGCCCUCAGCACCCCUGUGGCGGGCGGAGGCCUUCAGCACGCCGGCCUCGCCACCGACACCACCCUGCUCUCCUCCACCUCCGCCUCCACCUCCGUGCCCGGCCAGGCCAGCCUGAGACAACGUGCCUCCACCACCACCACCACCACCACCACUGCCGAUGGCUACUGGGGGUCAGGUCAUGAUGUUGAACUCACAGGGCGCAGUACCAGCCACGGCCACGGCCUCAACGGGGGCGCCGCCAGCAGCGUGUCCAAGUCUUCCCAACACACCACCGCCGCCAACGGCUACAUCUGUAAAGACUGCUCCCCCAGCACGGGCGGCCUAAGCGCCCACUGCGCCUCAUCUUCGUCCUCUUCAUCAUCUCUGGGCGCCCAGGCUGCCGCGUCCGCGACCGGCGCUUUUUCCUCCUUCUCGUCGUCGUCGUCGCUGUCGUCUUCAUCCAUGUCGCCCUCCUCCAGCAUAUACUCCCGAGACAAGAGUCGAAGGAACAAGACGGGCGUCCUGGCGUCUGUGUCCAGCACAUGCGUGCGCUACUGCAGUAAAGCAGUGGCCCCCGUGGUGUCCCUCUUCACGCUGCUGUUCAGCAGCGUGCUCUGGCUAGGCUCGAGGGCCAGGAGCCAGGGGAAAGGCUACCUGACGUCCUUCUCAGACUCUGUCAGACGAGUGGUGACCUCCAGCAUGUCCAGUGUGUGGCUGUUUAAGCAGAACGCUGUCCGUAGGAUCAGAGGCCACAGGGCCGCUGGCUAUGAAGGAGAAGCUCACUCCAGCUUCUGUGGGAGCAUGAAUGUAAAAGAUCUGGUAACGGGAGACUCGUCACAUCUUAAACUCAACGGCUCCCUGUGCGACGACUGUAAAGGGAAGCAGUCCUCCCACGCUGCAGUGACACAGUCUGUCCUGCUGCUCUCCCAGUCCGCCACCCAGUCCACCACCCAGUCCUCCACCCAGUCCUCCACCCAGUCCUCCACCCAGUCCAGGACUCAGCGUCUUGGGGGGGCGCUGCUGAGCUUCCUGGCUUACACAGGUUCCUGCCUUCUGGUACCAGGCUACGGUGUGGUGCGUGCGGGCAAAGCGCUUGGCUCCGGGGCCGGGGUCGCGGUCUACACGGUGGUCCACACGGUGUUCCGGAAGCUGGUCUCGCUGAUCUGCUUCGUUCUAGCGGCUCCAGUGCGUGUCGGCUGGGGACUGCUGUGGUUCCUGGCGACGGGAUGGUACCAGCUGGUGUCCUUCAUGUCUCUCCUCAAUGUUUUCUUUCUUACCCGAUGCGUUCCCCUACUUUGGAGACUGCUGCUCCUUCUCCUACCUCUUCUACUCCUGCUAGCUCUCUGGUGGUGGGGUCCGUCCACUGCAGCCCUCCUGGCCUACCUGCCGGCCACCAACCUGAGCCUGUGGUGGCCCGCCUCCCCCCUGGUCCUCCUGUCCAGCCUGCUCCCGGCCUCAGGACCCCCGCCCGCCCCCGUCCUGGAGGCGGAGCCGACCCUGAGCCACGCCACGCCGGCCACGCCCAUCUCCGCUGUGCCGCCGUCCCUCCCCCCCGCGGCGGCGGCGGCGGCGGUGGCCCUAGCCAGUCUGGACCUGGAGCGUCUGGAGCGUCUGGAGCAGCGUCUGGCCCUGCUCUGGGAGCAGGUCCAGCGGGGGGACCAGCAGCAGGAGCAGCGCUUCGGGGACACGCUGGUCCUCCACAGCAGCCUGCGGGAGGAGCUGCGCACCCAGACGGACCGCGACCGCCUGGGCCUCUGGGUGUCGGGCCUGCUGGAGGGGAAGCUGGGCGCGCUCCGGGCGGAGCUGGAGGAGGGCGACGCCCACAGGGCACAGAAGGAGGAGCUUCUGCAGCAGAGUCGAGCCGAGCGAUUGGCCGAGGUGGAGUCUCUGCUGGCCCUACUGGCCUCCAGGACUGAGGAGGUGCAGCAGAAGCAGCAUCACUACAAAGUGGAGAGGGAGGAGGAGACCAGGAAGGCAAUGAGAGAGGCCGCCAUUCUAGCGGAGGCUCCAGACGUACCGGUGGCGCCCAUCAGCGUGGGGGUCAACCAGGAGGACCACGAGGCCCUGCUGGCGGAGGUGAGGCGGCUGGAGGCGGAGCUGGGGCGCGUCCGGGCCGACCUGCAGGGGGUGCUGGGGUGCAAGGGGAAGUGCGGGCAGCUGGACACCCUCCACGACACGAUCUCCGCCCAGGUGUCCUCCGAGGUCUCCUCCCAGGUGCGUCGGGAGCUGCGGGCGCUGUUCUACGGCUCGGGCCAGGCGGGCGAGGGUCACCACGGCGACGACGCGCUGCCCGAGAGCCUGGUCCUCUGGCUGUCCGAGCGCUACGUGGGCGGGCCCGAGCUGCAGGCGUCCCUGGCCGCUCUGGAGCUGGCCAUCCUGAGCGACGUGUCCCAGCAGCUGGAGCGCAGCCGCGCGCAGGCCCUGCUGGACGCCCAGGCCCAGGCCCAGAGCGUCAGCGAGACCGUCCGCCAGACCGUCAGCCACAGCGUCCAGCACAGCGCCACCGCCCAGGGGCUGUCUGAAGAGCAAGUGCAGCUGAUCGUCCAGAACGCCCUGAGACUCUACUCCCAGGAUCGGACGGGCCUAGUGGACUACGCUCUGGAGUCUGGAGGAGGCAGCAUCCUGAGCACUCGCUGCUCUGAGACCUACGAGACCAAGACGGCCCUGAUGAGUCUGUUCGGCCUUCCUCUGUGGUACUUCUCCCAGUCACCGCGCGUCGUCAUUCAGCCGGACGUGUACCCGGGGAACUGCUGGGCGUUUAAAGGCUCCCAGGGCUACCUGGUGAUCCGGCUCUCCCUGAGGGUCAAGCCCACCGCCUUCUGCCUGGAGCACAUCCCCAAGAGCAUGUCGCCCACCGGCACCAUCACCAGCGCCCCCCGCAACUUCACCGUCUAUGGUCUGGGAGAUGAGUACCAAGAGGAGGGUAAACUUCUGGGAGAAUACGUCUACCAGGAGGACGGGGAUUCGCUGCAGACCUUCCCGGUCAUGAAGAACGAGCAGGCCUUCCAGAUCAUCGAGGUACGGGUGCUCUCCAACUGGGGCCACCCGGAGUACACCUGCCUGUAUCGCUUCAGGGUGCACGGGGAGCCACGCCCGCAGCAAUGAGGCCCCGCCCCCACAGAAUACCAAACAUAUCAUGCUAAUGUACAUAAGCUCUCGUCGUGGUGGUCGAGGAACACCGACGGCGGAGAGAGGGG